AUGACGUACACUAGGAAGCAGGUCGUGACCUGCCUCAGUGUGCUAUAUCUUGUAAUUGCGACGGCACUCGCAGGCUACGCUGCCUCCCGCGCGAACGCUCGUUCUGUGCCCAUCUCCGACACCUUGACCGGCUUCACUACGGCUCUUCCCAUCGUCUCAGGCCUCCUGCUGGAAUGCGGCUAUGACUUUACGCGUCGACAAGAGCGUCGCCAGCACUUGAGCCGUGGCGAGAUUCAGCGCCCGCCGCUUGUCAUCAUCGCAAACACGCUCAUCUUCAUCUACUCCACCGUCGUGAUUACCCUUGCGGGCACGCAUGCUGCGCCGCCUUCUGGCCUGGAUUGCGGAUUGCAUGAGCGCUGGCAGACGCUGUUUAAGAAGAAGGAUGCGAGUGCCAUCCGCCAGAUCCAGGAUGCUUUCGAGUGCUGCGGCUUCGUGAAUUCGCGGGACAUGGCAUGGCCGUUUCCAGACAAAACACACAAAGCAGACGCAUGCGAAGUUACAUAUCAUGGCAGAAUGAACGGAUGCCUGAGAGCCUGGAAGGCUGAAGAGCAGGUCAUCGCCGGCAUACUCAUGGUCGUUGUCGGCAUGGUCUUCAUCUGGCAGUUCGCCAUCAUCGCUAUCCCUACGCAGAAAGAGUCGUGGCUGCAUCGCAUUGCACCCGAACGCAUCUCACGCAUGAUCGCUGACGAGCGACACGGCGAUGCUGACCCGAGACGUGCCAUCGACUUCAUGCCCGGUUACAGCAGCAAUCGCUAUUCCGACCGCAUCGAGGAGGAGACUGAAGAGGCCACCGAAGACGGCCGGGAUAAUGUACGUGCGAUCGAAGAGGGCAAUCGUCGCCUUGACGGCGCCUUGCCGAGACACGUUGGCAGCGAUCUGCAGCCCAGUGUUGAGAACGAGUGGGCGAGGAAUUAG